AUUUUUCAGUUGUUGUUGUCAUUACUGGUGUCGUUGCAUCUGUUGAAGCAAUUGUUGGUGUGGUUUUCAUUGCUUUUGGUGUGUGUUAUUUUGGAAUCGCUGAUGUAAUUGGCAUAGUUUUUACGCCUUCUUGUUUCAUCAGUGUUGUUAAUUUUACUGCCGGUGGGAAGUUUUUGGGUGUAAAUGUUCUAGUGACAACACUGGUUAGGGUAAUUGUGUUGUGA